AUGUCGGUUGAGUUGCUGAUCGUGCAGCAGGCACACAUCACCUUGGCCAGGCAUGGCCUUCGCGACCUCGGCAACUGCCUGGUCAAGGGCUUCUGCAGGGGCGUGAUAUCCACGUUCGGAGCGCCGUCGAAGCGCCACGCCGCAGUCAGCGAGGACAUGAUGGUCUACGCCAGCUGCCAGCUGAGGUUGGUGCACAUGGGACGCUCGAUGGCCAGGCUUCGGCGGCAUACGUCGUACAGCGCCUCGCUGUCGUACGCGGGGAGAACCAAGCCAGCGAAACUGGCCUCAGCAUGCCACGGCACGCCGGUGGACGAGGAGGUGGCGGCAAGGGAGCAGCUUGGAAGGCCCCACCUGACCGAGAUGGUGCGGGCGGGCCGCGAAGGCGUCGUGGCUCGGCCCUCUGGGGCCAGUCGCGCCUUCCGCGGCUGGGCCCAGCACGCCGAUUUCGGCGCAGGGCCGCAGGCGGUGCCCACCACGGCGGGCGAGGCCACCCUGGAGGUCAAGGCGGUGGGGUCGGCCAUUGAUGAGCUGGCCCUGGAGAGCACUCGGCUGUUCAUGGGGGAGACCAAGCGCGACUCCGAGAAGCUCGUCGUGAAGGACUCCAAGGAGAAGCGGCUGCCGCUGACCGUCAGCGCUGCCAAGCAGAUGGUCCUGGGCACCGCGUGCGCCGUGAAGAUGCUGGAGUCCCAGCUGGCGGAGGCCCGAUCCGCGCACGAGGCCGCCUGCAGGGAGGUCCUCGGCGCGGGCUUCGUGUCGUCGCAGCUGUUCGACAACGGCGAGGCUGGGCCUGUCUCCGCGGUAGCGGUCCUCGACGAGGCUCUGGCGUACGCGAUGGUCACGCCCGCGUGCUCAAAACGAGAGUGCACGCAGAGCACCGUGCUGCAAGUGGGCUUCAGGUCGACCGUCACACAGCGAGACACGUGCUUGCCAGCACCAGUCUUUGAGAAGAAAGUCCUGAGGGCAUCGCCACCGCCGCCGAUGUUCUUGUCAGAGGGCACUUGGCCGUCAGGCUGGAUGAAGCUGUGCGGGGUGCUCGAAG